AUGGAGCUAGAUGCAGCGCUGGAUCAAACGCUGGAGCUACUACGUGGGGCACUUAAGGUGGCACGCGGCAUAGCAUUCGACUGUGCGUUGCACAAUAAGGCGGUGCAAGUGGCUGUACUGGCUGCACAAGUACAGAAGAACUGCACUGAUACUAGUGGUAGCAAAAAGUUUGAUGCAUUGCAGCCGAGCCAUGAUGCCAGUGAGGACUGGACCAACAAGAAGCAGCAGGAUGUGGCACCGCAGCCCUCGGUCUGGUCCGGGUUUUACAAUAAGACACUGCGCGAGCGCUCGGACGUUCUAGCGCUCAUGUACCCGCAACUCAAGAGCCUUAAAAUGCAACAGGGUUUGGCUGGUGCAGACGCGUCUGCUGACAUUUUACCUCUAUCGGAUCCGGCAAUUAAACUCGGUGAGUUGCCACUGCGCACGGCAAACCUCAUGAUCGAAAAUUGCAUCGGCGUGCUUGGCAUCCCGCUUGGCCUCGGUCUCAACUUCGUCAUUGAUGGUAGAAGUCUGUCUGUGCCCAUGGCCGUGGAGGAACCUUCCGUGGUGGCCGCGGCCUCUAGCGCGGCAAAGCUUGUGGCUGCUGCGGGUGGGGGCUUCCACACGUCGGCAUCCGGCAACGUCAUGACGUCCCAGAUCCAGCUUGUGGGCACCAAGGAUAUCCCGGCAGCAAUUGCAGCAGUCGAAUGCAACCGUGAGCGACUGCUGUCAAUUGCUAACACAAAUCUUUGCCCCAACAUGAAGAAGCGUGGUGGCGGUGCCAUCGACAUUUACUGCCGCGUAGUUAGCCAGGCUGCGCGGACUGCUGCCACUGCUGCGGGUGGCAGUGCUUGGUACACCCCGUGCGAGGAUGAGCUCGUGAUACACGCAUCGAAGCUACGGACCCAAUUUCUAGUCGUGCACAUCGAUGUGGAUGUGUGUGAGGCCAUGGGUGCCAAUAUUGUUAACACAGUUGCUGAGGGACUGUCUGAAGAAGUGUCAAAGAUCACGCAAAGUCGUGUAGGCUUACGGAUUCUUACCAAUCUAUGUAUGCAGCGUCGUGCUCGGGCUGAGUUUGAAAUUCCCCUGAAAAAACUCGGCUGGAAGGGAGUCGACGGUGAAGAUGUGGCGGACCGUAUUAUCGAGGCUUACAAUUUUGCUGCUAUUGAUCCAUUUCGCGCAGUGACCAACAACAAGGGAAUAAUGAAUGGUGUCGAUGCGGUAGCCGUGGCCACCGGCCAGGAUUGGCGUGCCAUCGAGUCGGCUGCGCAUUGCUAUGCUAGUCGUUCGGGGCAAUAUACGUCGCUGUCGCGUUAUGAGAUCGGUCUUGCCCGCGAUGGCUCCCGAAUGCAUGUGCUACGUGGCAGUUUGGAACUACCUAUCGCAGUUGGAUCAAAAGGUGGUGCGCUGAUGACCCAUCCUGGUUACGCUGCUACUCUUGCGAUUCUACAACAGCCAACGGCUCGAAAGUUAAGCGGCAUUCUCGUGAGUGUUGGGCUCGCUCAAAACUUUGCAGCAAUUCGCGCUAUCGCAGUGACAGGUAUUCAGAAGGGUCACAUGGCUCUCCACGCACGAAAUAUUGCUGUCGCUGCUGGAUCACCGAGUGAACUUGUGUCGGAGGUAUGCAGCUACAUGUUGCUGCGAAAGUCUAUUGACGUGGAGACGGCGAAAGAGUACUUACACGCUCAUGCGGUGUUCUAUGAGAUUUUGAGCAGCUCGCCACCAACUACUCCAGUUUCUGUGACGGUGCCGUCCAUGUUCUACGUAGAAGUUCCUAUUCCGGAGCUAAAGAGCACGAUUAGCCUCAACCUUGCUUUUGAAGCUAUUAACAAGAACCCGCAGUACAUCGCUAUCAUGGCGCCAAAUGCUGCUAAUAGGGGCGACAAAGCGCUGACGACACUGCAGCAACAGUUGCUGGGCGAUAAAGGCUACAAUCAGCUGGAGCAGAUGUUCAUGUUCUUGGCCUCCAUGCGUUCUAUCAUUACAUCCGCGUCAAUCAGAGAGAGUGAUCUGCUAGGAUCCCGCUCAAACAUCGGGUUGCAGAACAAACUGCAGUUGCUGUCCAUUCUCAUCAAUAUCAUCGCAUACCGACUCAUGGAGGUGCGCCCGCAAAAAGUGCGCACGUUCAUGCGUAAGCUUCUAGAGGCAAGUAGCGGAUCUGCAAACGGGACCAAUGAUGGCGAGAUGCACGAGUUGGAUGCCAAGUUCUUCCACGAUUUGAUUGUAGAGAAUGCGGAGCCUGGUAAUGAGAUUCUUUCAACCGGUUUAUCGCUAUUUCUCGCUCUGUGGCAGGUACUACACUACCACAUUGAACAGGAGGUGCCGCUUAAGCUGCUCCAAGCCCGUCUAGUAAAGGAGCAGUGGGAAUUGCUGAACGAUAUAGUUAAAAGCUACGAGUUGGGAACAUUUUCCGACAACAACUUUAAUUCGAGGUCCGCUACGAAUCAGCCCCUCGAGGAGACAUUUCUUGCAUAUGUGGCAGUACAAGCCACGCGCUGGCAAGCGACAUUACUUUUGCUGAUUGACUCGCUGGCAUUGCCCUCAGAACUGGUGACACCUGAGCGAUUGAAUUUCCUUACCCGCAUUGGCGAGUACAUGGAAUGGGAAGGCUCGAUUGCACACGACUUAGCACGAUACCAGCGCGACGCUACCGAACGUGUGCCUAACGCGUUCCUCUUUUGGCUUUCACAACGAGGAAUCCCUCACUCUGAGGGCAAGCAAUAUGAACGUGAAUUCCGCAACGUUGCCGACGCUUUAGCUAUUGUCAAGUGGGACGAGCUGCUGGAAGAAGCACGGCGGCAUUCAUGCGCUGCAGCGACCUUUUCAUUGCCAGCAGUGAAACGUGUCAUUGGCCUCAUCCACGAGAUCUAUGGUGAUCGUAGCCGUGGCAUCCGGAAGGACUUGUUUUAG